AUGGGGAACUUCAUUUCCUUCGUAUCCGAGCUAUUUCCUCCAGCAGUCACGUAUAGCUCGGACGACAUGCCAGACAUGGCCGGUAAAGUCAUCCUGAUUACAGGAGCUAACGUUGGCAUCGGGAAGGAGAUUGCCAGGAUCUUACUGCUCAAGAACGCAAAAGUAUACAUCGCGGCGCGUGAUAAGAGCAAGGCCGAGCUCGCCAUCGAUGAUCUGAAAGCAUCCACCGGCAAGGAAGCCUAUUUCAUACAGCUCGACUUAUCAAAUCUGAGGAAAGUCAAGGCUGCCGUCGAGGAAUAUAUGAGCAAGGAGACAGAGCUACAUGUUUUGUUCAACAACGGCGGCGUCCUAAAUCCUCCUAUCGAGCGAUUGACUGAUGAUGGAUGCGACCUUACUUUCGGGACAAACGUUCUUGGCCACUACUACUUGACAACGCUUCUCCUUCCUAUUCUUCUCUCAACCGCUAAGGCCUCGCCAGAGCGGCAUGUCCGCGUUAUACAUACGUCUUCGAACUCACAUCACCUCAGUGGAAUCAACUUUGACGCCCUAAAUGACACGCCCACACGGAAGAAGCUGAGCACGGAAACAUUGUAUUCACAAAGCAAGUCGGGCAAUAUAGUCUUCUCGAAUGAACUUGCACGUAGAUACGGGGAUCAGGGUAUCGUCAGUAUCUCAGUGCACCCGGGUAAGCUGCCUCUUGCUAAUAAGAUCGCCGUACGCUCCUACCUUCAGCGGCUGCACCUGUUGGUGAUGCUAAACUUGAUUAAGGAUUGGUUUCUGAGCCCCGUCACCAAGGGUGCACUCACACCGUUGUACGCUGCCACUUCCCCCGAAGGUGCCGUUCUUGGUGGACAGUAUCUCAUACCGUGGGCCCGAGUUGGUAGGUCGCGUACCGACACACGAGACCCCGUCGUAGGUGCCAGAUUAUGGCAGUGGCUUGAGGAGCAGGUCAGGGACGUUUGA